AUGGCAGGAAUAACUGUUUCAUCAAGUCCGCUUGUUUCUGUACUUGUUACCAGCACAGUAAAUAAAUUUGGAGUUGAACGCCGCUUUGAGCGAGGGAUGACUGUGGCAGCCUUGAAGUCGAAACUGGAACUCAUCACUGGUGCUUUUGCUCAUUCCAUGAAAUUGUUCUUGUACACUGCAGAGAACAAAUUAGUUUGUGCUAUUGAUAACGAUGAAGCUCUUCUAGGAUCAUACCCUGUGGAUGAUGGCAUGAUCAUCCAUGCUGAAGACUCAAACCUCAAGCCUGAUGAAUAUUCCGACACAUCAAAAGUAGAGAAGUUUGAAAUUUCCGAUGAGGAGUAUAAGAAACGACAAGAUACAGUGAGAGCUUUCAAAGAAAAGAAUCGGAUUGGGCGAUUUAAUGAAGAAGAAGUUAAACGUAAAGAAGCAGAGCUUAAAGCUAAAGAGGAAGCUGAGGAAGAAAAGGCUAAGAGUAUUACUGUUGAUGCUAGGUGUGAAGUGAGACUGCCAGGUCAACCAGCGAGGCGGGGUACUGUCAAAUAUGUUGGCAAGACUGAUUUCAAACCUGGAGUUUGGGUGGGCAUUCAGUACGAUGAGCCUUUUGGCAAAAAUGAUGGUAGUGUUAGUGGGAAAAGGUAUUUUGAAUGUCCUGCAAAAUAUGGCAGUUUUGUUCGUCCCUCUCACGUGGAAGUAGGAGAUUUUCCUGAAGAAGAUCUUGGUAUUGAUGAUGAUGAAAUGUAA